GAAGAUUAAUGUAGAUCGAAAGCGUUGACAGCUGCAAGUGCAUGAUUUGCCACCUGAAAGACACCUGUGUUUUGGUGCCUCGAUGCUAUGUGUUACGAUGUUCUGUUGGAAUGUGUAACUCAUCUGACAUCGUCAGAAGCAUUGUUUUGCAGUGAAUCAAAUAGGACCAUCAAUUCUUCUAUAGUAGCAGCAAGUGGCUGAAUGAAAGCGACGUCAGCAUUGACAUGCCCCUGAUGACCGACAGCUGUGACAAAGCGAUCUUGUUGUUGACCUUUGUCAGCUUUUUCACCCUGUCCCUAUCUUCCAGGGAAAGCGCUUUCAUUGGGUACUCUGAGCUCAAAGGGAAAAAGGUCGUGCUGACCACCUCAUUUGGACCGAUCAACAUCCACCUGAAGCCCAAUUUGGCCCCGGAGACUGUGGGUGCUGUGCACAAGCUGGCAGAACAGGGCCCAAAGUGCCCCAGCUGCAGGUUCUACAGGAGCGAGCAGCCACCUCCUGUGGGGUCAUCAGGGCCACCGUAUGGGCUGCUGCAGGGCAGUCUGGGGAGCCUGGAUGAGGUGCCACCACAGGAGGGGGGGACCGUUGCCAAGCGGGGGCAUGUGUGCAUGAUACCUCGGACAAAAGAGUUCUUCAUAUCCUUGAAGGACCACGACGAAUGGGGCAUAGCCCACACGGUCUGGGGUGAGGUGGAUGAUGAAGACAUGAAGGGCACGGUGGAGACUUUUUUGCGCCUGCCGGUGCAUGAAGUGAAGCACCCGGAGUUUGGGACGCUCAUGCGCAUGCUCGACACCGAGGAGCAAUUCUCCAUUUUGCUGGCCAAGGAGGACUUGGCGAAAUUAUGA